AUGUAUGUCUCGCCUACCGUUCCCCUCGCAUACCUGUCCACUAACCUGUGCUAUCCAUGUCUUAGGGCCGCCGCCACCGCCUCAGCUCCGAGUCCUGCCUCGAAGAUCACGUUUAAGAUUACACUCACAUCUGAUCCAAAGCUUCCCUACAAAGUGCUAACGGUUCCCGACAACGCCCCCUUCACUGCUGUACUCAAGUACGCGGCCGAAGAGUUCAAACAAACGCCGGCCACCAGUGCUAUCAUCACCGACGAUGGCGUCGGUAUAAACCCCUCGCAGACAGCGGGCGAUGUCUUCUUGAAACACGGAUCAGAGUUACGGCUCAUUCCCAGGGAUAGAGUG